CAGAGCAGACGUAAUAUUUUCAAGUAGUGAGCUCGAUAGUUUGCUAAAUCAUCUCUUUAAUUUGACAUAGUUCGGUCGAAUGUCAGGUCAGAGUAACUUUUAUUUUUAAAUAAUAGUACGAUUUUAACUCGACAGAUAAAAUAAACUGAUAUUUUUAAGUAAUAAGACCAAACGAUAGAUUGGGUAAACUUGUAUCUCUAUGCUAACCUAAAAUGUAAUCGUAGUUUAUCGAGUUGGACGAGUUCUUAUCAGAGAAACGAGAAGAUAAAGUGCUAUUCUUUCUUAUUUUCAUUUCUCAAUUUUGUAUCAGAAUGAUGCCGACAAAAGUAUCUUUGACGUUCGGACAUUGAAAGGAACUAAAUAUAUAUACAUAUAAAAUUUCUAAUAAAUAAAGUGAUUGUCAGUACACGGUGCAGACAUAACCUACGACAAAAUGGACAAGAAGCAAUUGUGGAAAAAUCUGGGAAUAGAACCCAAAGAGCGAUUUAUAUCGCUCUCGGAGCACGCCUCUUCAGUAAUUGUAGAUCCUCAUAUGCCUAUCGAAAGAUAUUAUCGCUCUGGAGUGGAAAUGGUUAGAUAUGCAGAUAUGCAUAUGGAAGAUGAAAACUAUGAGAGUGCCUAUACUUUAUAUAUGAAAUUCAUAACACUUUUUGUGGAUAAAAUUACAAAACACCCAAAAUAUGAGAGUGUACCAGUCCAAAUGAAGGAGACGAAUAGACGUACCUUGCGAAUUGCUUUUACCAAAGCAGAACAGUUGAAGAAACAGUUGCUGCAUCAAUAUGAGGCAGAUUUAGACAAAUAUGUUGAGGACUUAAAAGAGAAAGAAAGAAUUGAGAAGGAACAAUUGAGACAAGAGGAACUCCGAAGACAAAAGGAAGAGGAGGAAAGGAGAAAUAAGAUGGCAGCUUUAGUUGCCGUUAAGGCAGCAAAGGCUGCUUUAAGUGCAAACGUAUUACCAGAAGAAACGAAGAGCAAAUCAUUCCCUGUUGUGCCUCCUGUCAAGCCUGUGAUAAGUCCUUCGAACGAUAAUGAUAAGAUGUAUAACUUCAAAGAUAUGAAAACGCCGAUAGUAGAUCGUUCGACCAAGCCCUCUUUAUUGCUGAGCGACGGUUCGUCCUUGCGCGAUGUUAUCCUGUCGAACAAAUUAAUGCGCAAUUUCCUCACGCUUGCCUUCAGUAAUACGAUGAACAAUAAGGAGACCUGCGGCAUUUUAGCUGGCAAAUUGGAGAGACAUAAAUUGCUAGUGACGCAUCUGCUCAUUCCGGAGCAAACCGGCACCCCGGAUUCCUGCACCACGCACAACGAGGAAGAUAUCUUCGAUUAUCAGGACCAACAUAAUCUGAUCACCCUCGGCUGGAUUCACACCCACCCCACGCAGACUGCGUUUCUGUCAAGCGUGGAUCUGCACACGCACUGUGCUUACCAGCUGCUGAUGGCCGAGGCAAUAGCAAUAGUCUGUGCGCCUAAAUAUGACGAAACGGGAUUCUUUGUCCUGACGCCGGAUUAUGGCUUGGAUUUCAUCGCGAAUUGCAGAGAAAGUGGGUUCCAUCCUCAUCCUACUGAACCACCAUUAUAUACAAAUUACUUUUGAGUUCCUCUUGAGUUGUCAUGUCGCCAAUUGUAUCGUCAACAAGUAGUCGUCGUGUGUUCAACAUUGUUGUAUGUUUUCUUAAUUCUUUUAAAAAUGACUGGUAGAAUACUAUUUUCUCA